GGGUGGCUCUGUCGCGCGUACAACGGACGCGAUCAGUUCGAUAUCGGACGUUGCGCUGACUGACACGCGAUUAUAUCAAUUGGCAAUCGCAGCGCGAUGUAAUGACAAGAUGUGAGGACUCGAGUCAUUGAAAGUAAUUAUUGCAAAAACUGUCGUUCUGAGAAUACGAUGGUCUUCACCCCAGACAUAAAUGCUCGAUGAAUAUCGCCGUAAUAUUGUCCAAGGUACCGAAUUUGAGGUGAAAUUCUGAGAUGAGAGACGACGAAAUAAGGGGAAUAGCACGGAUGACAGGAGUAUGGCAUGUGGAGCGCAAGUCACCACCAUGAGAUAGCAGUGAUAAAGAAUAACAUGACGAGAGAAUAAAACGUGAUUCCGGGAGUGCAACAGUGAAGAUAACUUCAUUAUCACGUCGCAACCAAAUACUCAGAGGAGAACUGCGGUUGGUGAGGUUGCUCGGGCUGAUGGCCCGGAGCGGGCUUCACCAGCACUGGUGGUGGCUCCUGAUAACUAUUCUCGUGUGCCUAUUGACGGGACACUCAGCUAUACCACAACGACCCACUCGCACUGGUAUACCAAUGCCUCACCGCGAUAAAACAACGGAUACAGCAGCUGAAAUUGUUAUUUUUUUACGUGACAAAUGUAACUCUGGGGGACCUGCGGCGGUCAAUGGGAAUGAGAUCAAUCAACUCCAGGAGUUCCUCGGGAAGUUCGAGGAGAAUGGGGGAACCUCGGUCAACAUGCUGGAUAAAUCUCUCACCUGCGAUACGAAAUCCUGGGGACUUGGAGUGCUGGUGGAUGUGCUCGAGAGGCCAUCAACGAGGGCCCUGAUUGCCGCUCUCGAUAUCAACACUUGUGAGGCAGCUGAGAGGCUGGCGCAUCUCUGGAACAAGCCGCUAGUCACCUGGACCUGUCCAGCGAAAAUUGGAGAUAAUCAGCCGACAUCAACCAUAAGACUGAGCCCAUCCCUUCCGGUUGUGGCGCAAGCAUUGGCUGAGAUAUUUUUACAUUUCAAAUGGAGAUCAGCGUCUCUAAUAGCAAUGGACGAGGAGCCCUGGUCAAGUUUAGCGAGAGCAGUGAUAGGCGUUUUGCGGAGUAUCGGAAUAAUUCCACGGCAUCACGCGCUCAUUUCACGGCAAACUACCGCCCCCCAGAUUCAUCAAUCACUAGCCUCGUUCGAGACCAUUAUCCCACGAGUUAUUGUCCUCUGCCUACCGCUGGAGGAUGAGAAAUUAAUCAGCCGGGUCAUGAGGGAAUCCGAGGCGCUACGUACAUCACGAACUGACAACUCGGUUUUUCUCCUUGUUCAUCCCGAGGGGCCGGAAUUCUUCCUGCCAACUACUGGAACUUUAUCCGAUAAUUCGACGAGUACGACAGCAACGUCAACGACCAAUGCUGGCGCCGCUGUGGGUAAACGCCAGGGGAAAAGAUUCCACGGACGAAUGAAAAAUUUACUAGCUUUUGCACCUUUCGACAGGAGAUACAAUCUAGAUGCUAUUUACAAUGGCACUCAACUGUACAAAGAGCCCAGCACUGUCGACCGAUUGAACGAGUCACUGAGCAUUUUGACGCACGAUAAUUCAAGUUUAAAUACCAACAAUAACAAAAUGUUCAUUUACGGUCUACUCGGCUGGCGUUCAUCGGGAAAUGCCGAUGGUAUCUGGUAUCCCAUAGCCCAAGUGAUUGAAAGCAGAGAGUAUUUGGUGGUACGAGAACUAGCGGAGAGCGAUCUUGUUGAUGAAGAGACACUUGACCCAGUACUGUGUUCCAAUAAAAACGAUUGCAAGGGUGAUAAUCGAGGAAAUGGGGACGAUCAGCUCGCAAUGAGGACAUCUCACAUUGUUGUUAUCAUUUUGAUGUGUUUGUUACUGACAUUUGUGUUGUUUAUUGUAACGAUAUUGGUGCGAAGGCACUUGGUGAAUAAGAGAGUGUCGAAGGGACCGUUCAAAAUUAUUCUCACCGCCUCCGAUUUCGUUUUUCCUCAGCCGACUGAUAAUAGAAGGGUAGACGAGGGGAUUGAAACAAUGCUAUGUUGUUGGCUGAAACAACUCCAGGAAUUUGGUGGGCCUGAGGUUGAAAAGCCGGAUCUACUGCAGGGCAGCGUUGGAUCGCUCAAGCCCCAUUUGAAGGCAAGCACUGGUAGUCUAGCAUGGCAUACCAUUCUCAAGGAUCCUCGGGCGAGAUACAACGGAGACUUGGUACAACUCAAAGAGCUACCGUGCCAAGCUAACAACUUUGAGCUCAAGAGUAAAGCCAUGGACGUCUUGAUCAUGAUACAUGGACUACGCCAUGAGAAUUUAAAUCCUUUCAUUGGCUGUUUGACGGAGCCAGCUAGACCCUGUUUAGUGUCGGAAUACUGUACUCGAGGAUCGCUCGAGGACGUUCUCAUGCAGGACGAGAUAAAGCUCGACUGGUCAUUCAGACUAUCGUUACUGACCGAUCUUGUGCGGGGAAUGAAGUACUUGCAUAGCAGUCCAAUUCGUGUACACGGCUUUCUCACAUCUCGAAAUUGUGUCAUUGACGCCAGAUGGGUGCUCAAAGUAGCUGAUUACGGAUUGCCAGCGUUUUAUGAAGCUCAGAGCAUUGUCACACCGACGAAGAAUGCCAGAGAUUUACUGUGGACGGCGCCGGAAUUAUUGAGACACUCGGGCCUACGUAAGAGAGGCACCCAACCGGGUGACGUUUACAGCUUUGGCAUUAUAAUGCAGGAAGUUGUUGUACGAGGCGAGCCAUUCUGCAUGUUGGCACUAUCACCCGAAGAUAUUAUUGCAAAGGUCAAGAAACCACCACCGCUUAUACGACCCUCUGUCAGUAAGGGCGCUGCACCCCCCGAAGCUAUUAACAUCAUGCGCCAGUGUUGGGCCGAGGCCGCUGACAUGAGACCUGACUUCAACGCCGUUCAUGAUUUGUUUAAAAAAUUAAAUCACGGUAGAAAGGUGAACUUUGUGGACACCAUGUUCCAAAUGCUUGAGAAGUAUUCUAAUAACUUGGAGGAGCUUAUUCGCGAGAGGACGGAGCAGUUGGACAUGGAGAAGAAGAAAACUGAGCAGCUUUUAAAUCGGAUGCUACCGAGCACCGUAGCGGAGAAAUUGAAGCUAGGAAUGCCAGUGGACCCCGAGGAAUUUGCCGAAGUGACAAUAUACUUCUCGGAUAUCGUUGGAUUCACAGCAAUUUCAGCUCACUCAACCCCCUUCCAAGUUGUUGAUUUACUGAACGAUCUGUACACCUGUUUCGAUGAUACGAUAAAUGCUUAUACCGUGUACAAGGUUGAGACAAUAGGUGACGCUUAUAUGGUUGUUGGUGGAUGUCCCGUUAGAAUUCAGGACCAUGCAUCACAGAUAGCGACAAUGGCACUCGAUUUAUUGCACCAGAGUGGCAAAUUUAAGGUCCGACAUCUGCCGAAAACCCAGCUGAGGCUGAGAAUUGGUCUUCACACUGGUCCCUGCUGUGCCGGGGUCGUAGGUCUGACAAUGCCUCGUUACUGUUUGUUCGGUGAUACUGUAAACACAGCAUCGAGAAUGGAAUCGACGGGUGCACCGUGGCGAAUUCAUUUGAGCCAAGCCACUCGUGAUAGACUGUGCCAAGUUGGUGGUUAUCACAUUGAGUAUCGAGGAUGUACUGAUGUUAAAGGUAAGGGCAAAAUGCCCACAUACUGGUUACUCGGUAAACAGGGCUUCGAUAAACCAUUGCCAACACCACCGCCACUUGGGAAUGAUCAUGGAUUGGAAGAGAGCUUAGGGAUAAAAUUAGAGGGUGACAAUUCCCCGGGUUCCGAGGACCCCUCGAGGGCCUCUCCAAUCGAGACCCCAACGAUUCUCCGUGAGCCCACGAUCGAUGAACUUAUCAUACCCUCGAUUAAAGACGACGAUGACAAUAGUUCCGGGCAAAGUAGUUCCUCCUUCACAACAACAUGCACAAGCUCAAAAUUCUCAGCUGCACAGUCGUUGCAGGAGCGGGCUACAACUAGAAAAGUUGCUGUAUCAGUGCACGAUGACAAAGAGCUGAAUUUUCCGGCUUCGGCGUCCGACGUUGCAGCCGCCCUUUUGGGUGCAGCGUCCACAACCUCAUUAAGCUCAAUAUCGAGUUCAGCAUUUCGCGGCACAAGCGGCAGACAUCGCCGAGUUGGGCACAUUGAUGAAGACGAUCUCAGUACGCCUUACAACCAUUACAGGUGUCUUUCGCCGAAUGAGCAUUACAAUAAAGGCACGAGUCGCUUGCUCAAGAGACAGUUCAGUCUCGAUCGGGCUGACGAGCCAGUAUCAAUAAUAUCGGAGUGCUCUAUGUCAUCCACUGGAAUCUCUCGUCCACUACCGAGGUUGUACAAGCAAAACAGCGCGGGCGCUGCUAAUGAUCUGGAGAAGAUUGAAGAAGUACCCAGUACACCGGCUACGCAUCAAACUUAUCGACAUGCUGCCUCCAUGUCACUUUCCGUUGAGUCAUUGACACUUCGUUAAACAAUGCCAAUAUUUCGAUAAGUGGCGAGAAGUCGUCGAGAUGUGAGGAACAAUGUCGGGAAUUUCAUAGCGAAUGAUGUGAAUCCUUACUCGUGGCUCUGGGGCGCUUAAUUCUCGAGAUUGUUACAUUUGAUUAACACUCCGUUGGUCGCGCAAUAGUCGUUUCUUUAAUUUUUAAAGAUUUUUGGGAACGUCAGUGAUACGAGACAGCAUAGGGUACAUUGUUAACUUACGGCCAUUUUAAUUGGCUUCAGGAAAACGGUUUUGGGGUAGGAAUAACUAUGUUAUUGGGAACAGCAAGUGAAAUCGACGUGAUAAUAAAUUUGAAAUAUGUAGGGAAAAUCUGAAAAAAAUCAACAGCGAUCUAGAUCGUAUGCUAGAGAAAGUUUCGUGGGGUUUUGAAUCCUCAGUGUUAUGCUUCAUUCCAUAUCCAAGCUCAAAGUUAACAUGUUUUCGGAAAAUUGUCUUAUACAUGGGCUGGAGUUUCCGCAGGCAAAUUUCAAAGUCUCACUACUUAUCAUAUUUUGGCUGAAAUUUUCAUCGACAAGGUUUCCAUUCACUUCAAAAUGAGAUGUCAAUUUUUUUUCAAUUCUCUCCGAGGUUUGACUGCAGUGUAUCAUUUUAAAAAAUGGAAAAAAUGAGGCCUGACGCUCACAGCGCUACCAACGGAAUGUUAAAUUCCCUUCGUCCCUUUUUCGGUUGUGCAGGAAAAUGAGAGUUCGGGUGGGGGAGUGGGGACGCCCUACGUGCACUGCGCCGGGGCGGAGUGGGGCAAAGCCCUAGCACUAGAAACUCGAAUGAAAAAUCAUCUCAUUCGUUAUAAAAUUCUCUGGAUUUUUUUUCGCGGGAUUAAUCCAUCAGAUAAUUUUAAAGGGUUAAACUCCAACCAGAGCCGAAUAUAUCACUUUGCCACUUGCCAAACUACCUCCUCACAAGGCAUCAUGUUUUUUCAGAGACAUGGAUCGUUACAUGUCUUCCACGUACCUCCCAUAGAUCUAUCAUAUUAAUGUCGUUGCACGAGUGGAAUUUACUGAAUAAAUUCCAUGUAUAUCGCGUUAUGGAGUUGAUAGAACUCGCCGGAGUGUCACUGCUGGUCAGUAUUGAAUGAGUAUUAAAUAUUAGGAUUGAAAAUGGUUAUUUUGUUUGGCUCGUUAUAAUAAAUCCGUCGAUUUGUGAAUGGGGGUAAUUAAAAAUACCCCUGAAACCUACUUUGUACGAUCCUUUUAUCAGCAUUGCGGUUUUGUAAAUAGUACUUUUCUAUCGGCCUAAACGUUCCUUCAUCGAGUCCCCUUUCAAUGUUCGAAAUAUUGAGUGAGAAAAAAAUUAAUUGAGUAUUUAAUCAUUGGAGGACUUUGAUUUUCGAAAUUUCUGGGGUAAAUUCGUCUCGAAAUGUGUCAGUAGUAUUUUUUCCUUUUUCAGUAUCUGACUGAGCCAUAAUUAAUAGCUUUAAGGAUGUAAGAAUUAAUUAAAAGCCUGAAUAUUUACACAUUGCCUCUUGAAACAUCACUCACUCUUUCGUUCACGGCGAAUGUUAUCAGAACUUUGUAAUUAAUUCAAUAAUCCUGAUACUGAUACAGUGAAGAAAUAUAUAUUGUGUACACGUAGUUGAAGUUUGACUAAUCGUAUUCAGUGUCACACACUGUGUGACUGUAAUUAUCGAGGAAUUUUUUGGAUGACAAUCGAAACUAAUAAUUUCACGAGAAAGGGAAGUAUAACGAAAAAAAUAAUCAAAUGUGUGACGAUAAUUGGUGGAUCGAUGCCACCGUCAUGGUUAAUUAUAACGUGAGAUUUUUAAAUAUUUACAUGUUGUUGAACGGUUCGUAUUAUAGGUACCUGUGUAUUAUACGUAAAUGUACGGAUUUUGUUUAUUCAUCGUUUCACCUCAUGAGUUUUAUCGGAUUUUAUUGAUGAAUUGUUUUGGCAUUUUAUGGAACUGUGAAAAUCCAGUCAAUUAUUCGCGGAUUCUCAUCAAAUGAGUUUUGAUUUUUGCUGACGUGUGAAACAUUUUGAUGAGAAGAACCUAGAGCUCUGUUUACGGAAUUCCAUUGAAUUUCUGGUGAAGUUCUGUUGAAUUUCUAGUGAAUAAUUGUAUUGAUUUUUUGC